UGAUUGUCAAAGUCAAACUUACUCUGACAUUAGAUUUGUAAACAUAAACAAAUUUUAGUCAACAAAGCAAAUCUCUUUUCUAAAAACAAAUUAAAUAAAUUAUUAUGAAAUUAGAAACCAAAAAUGAUCCACGAUAACGUUUUGGAAAUCUGUCGCCUGAUAUCAAACGAUAAAUGCAUAAGGAUACUGGCCACUGCAAUAGUGGGAUUUUCUGUGGUUCUAUGUUUCACUUUAAGUCCCCUCUCUGGCCUUCUAGUAUUCUCUUGCUACCUCCUUGGCUAUUUCGUAUCAUUCUUCUUGGUCAAGUAUCAACAGUUUGCAGCCCUAUACAUAGAAAAGUUAGUAAGUCUAUACACUUUCAAAGCCACCCUUAAGUCAAAGCUAAAAGCUUCGUGCAGUGUAUGCGAUGAUCUUACCUGUACAAGACAUCAGGUUGCUAAAAGAGUGGUUCCUUGGAAGGAUGUGAGGAUUAGUGAGGAGUUGAAUGAGGCAAUUGAACAUUUUUACAACAGAAUUCUGGCAGACUUUAUUUCAUCCUGGUACAGUCAGUUUACUGACAAUCAAGAAUUUAUAAAUGAAUUACGAUAUUGCCUUAAAUAUGCAAGUGCUUCUUUGGUGAAUAGGUUUUUUGAAGUCGACUAUGUCCAAGUGAUUACUAAUAAACUUGUUCCACAGGCAAUUAAACACAUUGAUGACUACCUUUACAUGCAGCAAAUUGCUAAACUUAAAAAUGUUAAAUUCAAUGAUGUGAUUGUUGAAUAUUUGGGUAAAAACUUGCAUCCUGCUACAACUAAUAGAAAAAAUGAAUUAGCUUAUCUUCAACAUUUGAGCAAUGAAGUAAUUAAACAUGUAUUGCCUCAGCAGUAUGUAAAAUGCAAAAAUUACUCCAUUUUAAUAAGAGAACUAUUAUCAGGUUGGGUCCUUUUACCUUUAAUGGAUGUCCUAGCUGAUCCAAACAUAAUCAAUUCAUUAGUUAUAAUAGCAGUGAAUUAUAAAUCUUCAAAACAUCAAAAAUUUCAGCAGUUUGUUCCAGAAGUGGAAUUUUUACAUAAUUUUGUUAAAAUAGACAAUUCAAAAAAGUCACCAUUUGCAACCAAUUUAAAUAAAAUCAAAAACAACACCGAACUGUUAUAUGCUUUUAUGCAAUUUUUGAAAAAACAGGAGCAAGUGUAUUUAUUGCAAUUUUGCUUAGAUGUUGAUGACUUCAACACCAAAUUGCUUACUCCAGACUUAUCAAAAAAAUUACUAGAAGAACUUCACUGUCAAGCCUCAAAAUUAUACAGUGAAUAUUUAAAUGGGGAAUCAUUCAAUUUUAUCGGUUGCUCCAGGGAAAUAAGCUGUGAAUUCAGUAUGCUUAUUAGUGAUAUUUACAGUGUAGCCAAACUGAGAACAUCCAAGCCACUCUAUCAAGCUUACGAUUUUGCCUUCAAUCAUUUGGAAAAUUUUUGGUUGCCACAGUUUUUUCACAGCAAUGAGUUUUAUAAUUGCAUAUGUGGGUCAAAAGUUACCACCACAUACAAUAAAGCUUCUAUAAAAACUCCUCCACUUUGCUUUGGUUCUCCAAAUAAAUUAAAAAGCAAAAAAUAUUAUGAACAGACCAACUACAGUGCAGUAUCAAAAAUCAGCAGUGGCUUGGGUAAAAUUAAAGGUGUUCUCAAAACUGCAACACCUAUAGAAGGCUCUUUGGAUCCUCUUGAAAAUGACUUCACAGAGGAUGCUAUUUUGCCAGAUAAUCUUGUACGAGAUUUGAGUAGCUGGAAAGUGUCAAUACAUACUUAUCAGAUCAUCCCAGCUAAUAAGAUCACCUACUUCUGUCUAAACGUCUUGCACGUAGACAAUACCACCCCAGAAAGUAAAAUCAACAAUUGGAUAGUAUGGAGAAAAGAUCAGGAUUUUUUCACUUUGAAAGCUAAAUUGGUGGAAUUCCAUGGGGAGAGUGAAAUAUGCGAUUCUCCAUUGCCUUCGAGAAAAGCAGGUGCUCUUGUUGAGGCCCGUAUGACCAAAUACGAAGAUUUUUUGUUGAAAUUACUGUUGAAGCCUAGUUUGAGGGGCAGUGAUUUGUUGCAUACUUUUCUUACAAGUGAAGAGGAUUUUACUUUGGUUAUUUCAACUUUGGCACCAAAUAACCAAGAUAUUGGUAACAUUUACCAAUCAGUUGCCUAUAAAUUGAGAAAAGAAAAAGGACAAUAUUUGGACAGUUUUAUGAGCACAUUUGUGAAUUCUGUUUUAAAACAAAAGCAAGAUAAAAUUGACGUUGCCGAAGAAGGUAUUGAAUUGGCAGUACCCUUAAACAAAGAAGCAACUCUACCAAAGACAUUUAAAAAUAACAUUUUCAAAGAUAAUUUUGGUAUAUCUUAUAAAUUGAGUAAUGGAAGUAGCGGAAGCAGUUUCAAUCCUGGAAUGUUUUCAGAAAGCCUAUUUUAUUUGUUUAAAAACGUCUUUAAAGUGCAUUAUGUCCCAUUGAAAAUCUAUGUAGCAAUCUGUAGUGUUGGUCAGCAACUUAUAGAUCUGCUCAGCAAAAUAUUAAUUGACAGGAAAAUUAGGUCCGGCUUGACUCAACAUAAUUUGGCUUAUCUUAUUGGAUUAUUAGAAGGUGUUAUUUUCAAUCCUUCUACACCACAUACCAUUGAAGAAUACAAAGAGCGGCAACUGAAAGCUUUUGAGGAUAUUAAAUUUUGUCCAAAAUAUAUGGAUAAAAUUUUGGGUGGUCACAUCAACUAUGGCUUGACAAAUCUUUUAGAAAUAUUGCAGAAUCCUCAUUAUAAUAAGCAGCUGGCUUAUAAUUUGUUAGACACUGCACUGAUAGAAAUGUUUCCUGAAAUAAUUGAAGCGAAAUAAUUUAAAUACCCACUUGGUUUAAAAUUUUAUUCAUGUAAGAGAUUGUGAUAUUGCAAAGUAACUUACUAAAGUUUAGCCUAUGUUAUUUACUUUUUGUAUUAAGUAAAUUUGAAAAUAAAUAAGUUUUUUAAAUUAGG